GAGGGUGACGCAGCUGAUGGAGUGACCCGGAAGUCGCGCAGAUCUCUCCUCUCUCGGCUGACGUCACUUCAUUGAGUUGUUUAAGAUGGCGCUUCGGCCCGGAUCAGGGGGAGGUGGCAGUUUUAUGUACCCUGUAGGAGGGGGCAUUGGACCGCCGCAAGGAAUGAUGCCCAUGCAGCAGCAACAGCAACAGGGCUUUCCCAUGGUCCAGGUCAUGCAGCCCAACAUGCAAGGCAUGAUGGGAAUGAAUUUUGGAACACAGAUGCCCGGUGCCAUGCCAAUACAGGGUGGGAUGGCGAUGGGCAUGCAGACUCCCGGGAUGCAGUUCAUGGGUCAGCCUCAGUUCAUGGGCAUGAGGGGCCCAGGGCCACAGUUCCCUGUGGACCUUCAGAAGCAGAUGGCGGAGGAGCAUCAAAAACGUCUGGAGCAGCAGCAGCGGAUGCUGGAGGAGGACCGGAAGAGAAGACAGUUUGAGGAGCAGAAACAGAAACUACGCCUACUGAGCAGCGUCAAACCCAAAACUGGGGAGAAGAGUCGUGACGAUGCCUUAGAGGCCAUCAAAGGAAAUCUAGAUGGGUUCAGCAGAGAUGCCAAGAUGCAUCCAACACCGUCUUCACAGUCUAAGAAACCAGACUCAUCGCCAUCUCAUUCCUCUGUCACCUCUCAUACCCUUCCUCCUGCUUUCCCUGAUGACGACGAUGAGUUUAGUGACUUUGUGCAGGGCCCCGUCGAUGCCUCCUCCUCAUUCCCCUCUUCAUCCCUCCCUCCAUCCUCCCCUCACAUUAGCCAGCCAUUAGACAUGGGGCCUGGCCAGCACCCCCCUUCCUCCUCUCUCCCUCACUCUGUCCCUUCAUCUCUCCCUGUCUCACCUGCCAUCCAACACUCUUCUGUCAUCUCCAGCUCCCAAUCUGCAUUCCAAGGCCCAUCUCUGGAGGAGAAGAUGUUCACAUCUUGCGAUUUGACAGCUGAUAAGAAGGCCCAGGUUAGUUUUAAGCCACACCAGGCUCUGUCUGAGCUGAGUCCCAGAGUUCAGGUCACAGCUCAGUUUCACAGCAGCACCAGAGCCCGAAACUGGGCCCAAACUCAAGAUGACUUCAACUCAGCCUUCAUCGUAGAGACGGCACCUGAGCCUCGACCUGCAACUCAGGUGCCCCCUGCAGCAGACAACCCACCCGUCCAGCCCACUAGCACCAGCGGUGUGGGUGUCUACCCCCAACAAGACAUGCAACCCAUUGUGCCAGCCUGGUUGUACAAUGACUCGCUCAUCCCAGAGUUGUUCAAGAAGGUCCUUGAAUUCACCAUAACACCAGCAGGUAUUGACACAGCCAAACUCUACCCAAUUCUGAUAUCAUCGGGUCUGCCACGGGAAGCUCUCGGACAGAUCUGGGCCUUGGCCAACCGCACCACACCUGGCAAGCUGACCAAGGAAGAGCUGUAUACCGUCCUUGCUUUGAUUGGAGUCGCCCAGAGUGGUCUUACAGUCAUGAGUUUGGACAUCCUGAGUCAGUUCCCCUCUCCGCCUGUGCCCAAUCUACCCGCCAUGGCUAUGGCUAUUCCUGCUGUCCUGCCUCAGCACCAGCAGCCCAUCAUGACCCAGCCACCCGUGUCCAUGGCUAUGUCAGUCGCUGCGCCGCCUGUCAUGGGCAUAACCCCAAACCCGCCCGCACAACCACCGGCCAGCUUCAUCACCAACUUCCCUCCUGUUCAGGCUACCAAGGCUGAUGAUGACGAUUUCCAGGACUUCCAGGAAGCCCCCAAAGCUGGCGCUGGAGAUGACUCAUUCACAGAUUUCCAAGGAGAAACAGGAGGAGUGUUUCCCAGCAUGACAUCAUCAUCCCAAAGCGGUGUUCCUGCCAUGCUAACUCCAGUGUCAGGAUCUUCAUCCUCCUCCUCUGAUAAAUACGCAGUGUUUAAACAGAUGUCAGUGGAGCAGCCUGCAGAGCCCACACCUCCUGUCUCAGAUUCAGGCGACAAAUACAGUGUUUUCCGAGAGCUUGAGCAGCCUUCAGACAGAAAACCAGUUGGGGAGGGAUUUGCUGAUUUCAAGUCUGUCAGUGCCGACGAUGGCUUCACAGACUUUAAAACAGCCGACACCGUCUCUCCACUAGACCCACCAGACCAGGCCAAGUUCCAGCCAACUUUUCCUCCUCCUUUCUCUUCUUCUCAGUCUCUGUCCCAGCCAGCCUCUCUGGCUCAACCUAGAAAUCCUCUCAACAUGGCAGACCUGGACCUCUUCACAACAAUGACUCCUCCAGCUCCCACUACCACUGUUGACUCCAAACUCAACCUGUUUCCUUCAGCGCCGCCAUCCUUGGUAUUGCCCUCAGUUGCAAAACCUCCCAGUGUAGGGGGUGAUGACUUUGGCGAUUUUGCUCUUUUUGGCUCCUCAGUGUCCUCCGAAGUAGCUCCCAACACCUCUACAGUAGGGAGAGGAACUGGGACGGCAGUUCAGGACGACUUUGCUGACUUCAUGGCAUUCGGGAGCUCGAGAGAUCAGAGAAACGAGACCAGCUCUGGAGACGGUGGUGGAGAGGCCCAGGCGGAGACGUCCCAGCCGAGGCAGCAAAUCAGCACUGAUAAGUAUGACGUCUUCAAGCAGCUUUCCCUAGAAGGUGGCCUGGACUACGACAACAAAGAAAGCGGCGGGGGGUCCUUCUCGUCGCUUAAGAGCGACAACGACGACUUUGCAGAUUUCCAGUCCUCCAAAUUCUGUACGGCCCUGGGCGCGUCCGACAAGAGCCUGGUGGACAAAGUGGCCGCCUUCAAGCAGGCCAAAGAGGACUCUGCCUCCGUGAAAUCCCUGGACCUCCCGUCCAUUGGGGGCAGCAGCGUGGGGAAGGAGGACUCGGAGGAUGCACUCUCAGUACAGCUAGACAUGAAGUUGUCGGACAUGGGUGGAGACCUGAAGCAUGUGAUGUCUGAUAGCUCCCUAGAUCUCCCUGGUUUGUCAUCCCAUCAACCCCCAGCUGCAGAGUCUGAUGAUUUAAAAUUUGACCCCUUUGGCACAUCUGCCGUCAGCAGUCUUGGCAGCUACGACUGGUCUGACAAGGAAGAGCUCUCGUCUGGUCAAGGUAAAAAGCUUCAGGGAGGACUGCCAUCUUCAGCUGUCAUCCAGAGGAAAGAGACGUCUUUCGGGAGCUCGGAGAACAUCACCCACACCACAGUUGCCAAGGUGACCACCUUCCCGAUCGAAGAUGGUGGCUCCACCACCGAAAGCCGGUUUGAAGCCUUUGCUGACUUUGGCUCCAUUGAGCAGGCCGGUCAAGACGACAACGAUGACUUUGGAGACUUUGCCAGCACGGUUUCUGAGAAAUCUGACUCCCCUCCUGGAACCACAGAAGCAGAGGGCAACCAGGGUGAAUUGAUGGAUGAGUUUGGAGCCUUCCACGGUGACAAGCCCAAAUUUGGCAAGUCAGACUUCUUGAAAGCCAGCACGCAGGCCAAAGUGAAAUCCAGUGAAGAGAUGAUCAAGAACGAACUCGCCACCUUUGACUUGUCUGUGCAGGGAUCCCAUAAGCGCAGCCACAGUCUGGGAGAGAAAGAAAUUGUACGGUCCAUCCCUUCUCCUGCCCCUGAGCAGCCCUUCAGAGACCGAUCCAACACCCUAAAUGAAAAACCUGCGCUGCCGAUCAUCCGAGACAAGUACAAGGACCUUACAGGAGAGGUGGAGGAGAGUGAGCGAUAUGCGUACGAAUGGCAGAGGUGUUUGGAGAGCGCUCUGCAGGUCAUCACCACUGCCAAUAACACCCUUAAUGGCAUCAGCAGCUCCACGGUGUGCACAGAGGUCAUCCAGUCAGCACAGGGGAUGGAGUACCUGCUGGGUGUGGUGGAGGUGUAUCGUGUGACCAAGCGUGUAGAGCUGGGGAUAAAAGCCACGGCCGUUUGUUCAGAGAAACUACAGGAGCUGCUUAAAGACAUCAGCCGCGUGUGGAACAACCUGAUGGGCUUCAUGUCACUGGCAAACCUCUCUCCUGAUGAGAGCUCACUGGACUUCUCCUCCUGUAUAUUGAGGCACGGCAUUAAGAAUGCUAAAGAGCUGGCGUGUGGAGUGUGUCUGCUCAACGUGGACUCGCGCAGCAAGAAGAAAGACGAGAACACUUUUGGACGCCUGUUUAAAAGAGCACUGACAAAAGACAGUCGCUCCAAAUUAAGGGCCUUUAAUUCGGAGACGGACAACUUCAAGCUGAUGUACGGAGGUCACCAGUACCACGCCAGCUGUGCUAACUUCUGGAUUAACUGCGUGGAACCCAAACCGCCGGGUCUCAUCCUGCCCGACCUGCUCUAGAAGCGAGCGCUGAAACAUGAACUUUUCAGUAACUUUAACUGUUUAUCGCUGUUUGCCUUUGAACCGGUACAGCUCUCCUCACUUGAAUUUGGGACGCAACUGUCUAGAUCUCCCAUUGUCUUUUGGUAGAUCAGAUAAGUGAUGUACUACUGAAUAAUAGUUUAUUUAAAAAUUGUAAAUGUGUCUUUAUCUCUACCUUUUUGGAUCUGCUUCUCUUCUGCAUCAAAAGUGUCUGGUUGGUUGAUUCUUUGCUGUUGAUUUCUCUACCAUGUGAAGUAAAUACUGUGGAGCUGUUCUGCAUGUUACGAAUAGCAGACUUGUAAUAUAAAAUCCAUAAAACAAUAAAGGUAAAACAUUUGAAAGCAUCAAGAAGUGUAGUAGAUAUUACUUACAAGAGAGAAACAUUUAGACAGUGGUAUCUUCUUUUGUCAUUGUUUUCUGUAUGUUUGUGCUGGAACACAAGUCACUUUUGUAGUGGGUCUGGAAAUGCAUGCGAUUUUCUGAGAAUCUUUUAUAAAGCCUGGAAGAUAUUCAGUAUUCUGGAUUCAGAUGUUACUCUUUUGAAGGACUUUGUUGUGUGAAACUUUGAAGGGAAUUCAAAAGUCUGGGGAUGCAAGAAGUUAAAAACAAAGCCAACCCAAGCAGUUAUCUUAAGAUUAGGAAUUCCGUUCUUUUCAUUGACGCACUUGUAAUGAAUCAACGAGAAUACAACCGAGAUUAAACUUUGUGUACAUGUUGGUCUUUGUCAGUGUUUUACUGAGGACUUACCAUUGUAUUCAUUGUUGUCAUUAUAUCAUCUACUUCAUUUAUGAGAGUUUUCUACUAAAAUGGUCUUUUUUGUGUCUGUAUUUCUGUUUAUAAUUUAAGUCGGUAAGCGCAAAUUAAAUAUUUGAAUGUUAGUAUUGGAUGCAAAUGUGAUUUUUAUUUAUUUUAUUUUUUUUGUGUCCCACAUUGGAGUGAUUACUCUGCGAUUCUGUAAAGUCAGCCUUCCUCUGUUCGGUCCGGGUAUCAGGGCCAGCUAGAGACAGCACUUCCCUCACACUGACUCAGCGCUAAUAGCUGCCAUUCACAGCAGUAUUACCUUGGCAACCAUUUGCAAGGAUACUGGACUUUGAUUUUGUAUGAUUGUCGCAAGACAUCAUGAUUUAAACCCCAUCUGUAUGUACAGAAGAGGAGGAGUGACUUCUGUCAGAUCAACUUUUCCACCCUGUUGCUCAUUCGCAUCAAAUGCCUGUUGAAAUUUUAAAUUUGAGUCGGCUUGCAAUUUUGUUGCUAUUUUGACAGGCUGUUAGAGUGGAUAAUGUUCCAUCCUUGUCUUUAUACACACGUGGCUAACAACCUUUAUCCACCUUGUCGUCGCUGAACAGCAGGGAUUAGAUUUACAGAGACUUUCUGCUCCAUGUUAAUCCAGACUUUCCACAAUGCAUUGGAAGAUUUAAUACACAGGAAGUAAAAUGGCGUUCUCUGACAUGAUCCUACAGAAGCUUUCAAAAGAAGGUUUUUACAGAAAAAAACUUUUGAAUUGUGUAAAGAACCUUCCUGAAAAACAUUUUUCUCAGAAGCUUUUCUGGAAUGGAAAGAUUCCAUUGAUGUAAAAGGUUCUUCAUGGAAUCAUAGAUGCCAAUAAAAACCCUUUAUUUUUAUCAGUGGCAUCCAUUAAAAACACAUUUAACCAUUAUACAACAGCCUGUCCAUCAGUCAAUUCCUACAGCAGGAAUUACUUUUUAGUAUUAAGGUAUUUUAUUAUUUACAAAUAUUACUAUGUAGCUUCACUGUAAUGUGUACGUACUAAAAAAAAUCGAAACUUUACAAAAAUAAGCACAAGGAAUACGUUAAAAUAUUUCACCCUUUAUUCAUUUUAACGCACUACAUGAAUUCAGUUAUUUUUAACACAAAUUAGUAAAAGCUUUGCUAGGAGUCCUAUGGUUGUAAUUACUGCUUCACUGCAGAAAACAUCUGAAAGAAACAUCUUGAGUUAAAAAUUAAAAACCGAGUAGAAUUGCAAAAGGACCAAAUAGACAAAAUAGAAUUCAUU